UUUUUCCUCUUUACCUGUUUAGUAGCUAAAGAUGGCUGAAGCUCCUCCAUGGCCCAGCCGGUUUUUCUGUCAUAGAUGCUCAGCAGAGAUCAGUCCUCGGCUUCCCGAGUAUACAUGUCCAAGAUGUGAGUCAGGGUUUAUUGAAGAACUGCUGGAAGAAAGAAGUGCUGAUAAUGGCUCCAUGUCUACCAUCUCCAGCGGGCCCCAGAACCAACAACCAUUUGAGAAUGCGGACCAGCACUUGUUUACAUUCCCUUCGGGCUAUGGUCAGUUUGCCCUGGGUGUCUUUGAUGAUAGCUUUGACUUUGGGGCUGGACUCGCAGCAGAGGAUAACCGGGAUGCUGAAAACCGUCGGGAAAGAGAAGCUGCAUCUCGGCAACGAUAUGGUGCCAGGCAACCAAGAAGUCGCCAUGGUUCAAGACGACAAGCAGGGAGACACGAGGGAGUUCCCACUUUAGAGGGAAUCAUUCAGCAGCUAGUAAAUGGAAUAAUUGCACCUACGGCAAUGCCAAACAUUGGUGUUGGACCCUGGGGUGUUCUUCACUCAAAUCCUAUGGACUAUGCCUGGGGUGCUAAUGGAUUAGAUGCCAUCAUAACACAGUUAUUAAAUCAAUUUGAGAAUACAGGACCACCACCGGCUGAUAGAGAUAAAAUAAAAAGUCUUCCUACAGUACAAAUUACAGAGGAGCAUGUUGCUUCAGGACUGGAAUGUCCAGUGUGUAAAGAAGAUUACAGUGUUGGUGAAAAUGUGAGGCAGCUCCCAUGCAAUCACAUGUUUCACAAUGAUUGCAUAGUCCCUUGGUUGGAACAGCAUGACACUUGUCCAGUGUGCAGGAAAAGCUUGAGUGGACAGAACACAGCAACAAACCCUCCAGAACUAUCAGGGAUGAAUUUUACCUCCUCCUCUUCCUCCUCCUCCUCCUCAUCAUCCUCCUCAACACCCCAGUCCUCAAGUUCAACCAGCAAUGAGAACUCCACAGAUAACUCGUAGGAAGAACAAGUGUCACCCCAUGAGCUGUUUUUAGCUCUCAGGCUGCUGUACUUCAGAGCAGUGACCUCCAUUCUCUCCCUGCCGAAGGGCGGAAACCUGAGUGCAUCUCCCCAGGAGCACUCACGCUGAUUCACGGAUAAGUGAUACAUGAGGCCCAUGUAUUUCUGCCCAUCCUGUUGCUCCCACCUUCAUCAGGAUUCUGAACAAAGGAAGGGCAGAGGCCUGGAGUGCACCUUCAGUCAGGGAGGAUGCAUAGAAGCAUGGAUACUAUAAGAGGCUUGAUCUGCCUGAAUCACCUCAUACAAGAAGAGAAAAAAAAAGAAUCCAAAGUUAGAAAACUAGAACAAGACAGUUGCUGUUCUUUUUUUCUUUCUUUUUUUUCAAUCUCUUGAUUUGUUUGUUUUAUGAUGACCCACUUUUUUCAGUAAAGCAAGAGAAUAACAAAGCUAUCCCUUUUUAAGGAGCAUUCAUAUCUCACAGAUUAAAUGACCCAAAGUGCACUGUAGUGCACGGCUUAAGUGUGCACUUUGAACUUGCAUUGAAAGAAUAUUAUAUCUGACCCCUUUAGCUCUUUAAAGAAACUGACAAUAGUUUCUAUAAUUAUUUUAUUGUCAACCUGUACUUGCCAUUUUAAGAUUACCUGAAUCACACAGGUAACAUUGUUUGCACUUGAAAUGAUCUGUUAAAUUGCAGUAAAUUUUUUAUCAAUUGCCACAUA